CAAGUAGAGCAAUAACAGCAGCCGUGGGUCUUCUAUCUCCGGCACAAGCAAUCUGAGUUCCAGUGCCAAAGGCGGCUCGUCAGCCCUGUCUCCACCAAACCAAGAAUUAUCCAUCUGCUAAGGUCGCUCUCUGCUGUCCAUUGGAAGCAGCUUUCUGUAUGAGAGGGCAAUUUGCUUCUAUCCCCCAGCGUGCACACACUCACACACACAUCACCCAACCUUUUGCACUUGUGCUCUUGUCCCAGUUGUGGUAGGAGACGACGAGGUUAGACAAACAGACAGCAGCUCUCCGGGGACAAGGCCAGCGGCUACUGUGUCUGUGUGGGCUGUGGGUACUCCCCCUGCAUGCCGGCUCGAGAGGCUUGGCCUGGGCUACUCUUCCAGUCUGAGACGGACACUGGAACCAGAAGGGGACUCGAUUCCUCAUCUGGGAGGAAUUAAGGAGAAGCAACAGGAUUCCCUCAAAGAAGGGCCAACAAGGAAGAUGUUGCACAACAGUGCUCACAGGAGGGUCCUUGACAGAAGGGGAGACCCUAUGACUUUGUAGCAGAAAUCAAGGCAUCCUGAGUGGGUGGAGACAGUUCAGUCAGAGAGGACGUGGGGUCCUUGUCCAGGAUGAGUUACAGCACACCCUCUAUACACGAUUUGUACCGCAGCACCACUACCACCUCCGAGCCAGACCCAGGGUCAACCAUGGACAGGGCUCUACCAGAAACUGCUACUGUAAGCCCUGAAACCACCAGCUUUAACAGCACCAAAAUUCCAGACGUGGUCAGCAGUGAGCCCGGCCUGAGCACAAUGCUCCUCUCAUUUGGAAUCAUUACUAUGAUUGGGUUGGCUGUAGCAAUGGUUCUCUAUAUCAGGAAGAGGAAGAGGUUAGAGAAGCUGCGGCACCAGCUCAUGCCCAUGUACAAUUUUGACCCCACAGAAGAACAGGACGAGCUGGAACAAGAGCUGCUGGAGCAUGGAAGAGAUGCUGCAUCUUCCCAGGCCACCCAGAGCAAGAUCCUCCUGACGAGCCAGGGAACCAUCCAGAGACCCAGCCGUCUUGUGUUCACAGAUGUCGCUAACGCUAUCAAUGCAUGAACGACACCUGCCCCUGCUUUGGAUCACUCUGAGAUCAGGGAGGAUGGAGCCAACCAGUUACAUACCACAAGCAUGGAUGAGGAUACCAAGCCUACUGACCACCCCAUCAUUUUGUGCUGCGACUGGGGAGCAGUUCUGGGCAUUUACACACUUCAGGCAGCAAAUGCUUGGUGGUGGCUGGCUGCAGCAACUUUUGGUACAUACAUCGCUACCAAAGGGCCCUGAGCUGCCAUGCCCAGAUUUCAGGAGCAAUCCUGGUUAGUGCCGUCUUACCAAGCUGUGCAGGGAUGAAGAUAAACUGUCUUGAAGCUAAAUCGGUCAGAACACAGGACCCUACUGAGUCAUGGUAUUGUGGUGGGGGUGGGAGCACUUGUUUUGAAGGGCUUUCCCAGUGAUUUUUUACCAUAACA